UUAUUAUUUAUUAGCUUGCCUAAUCCAUGCCCUUCAUUCUUCUCCAUAUAUUUAUAUAUAUAUAUAUAUAUAAUUGAACAAAAUUCCAUUUGAAGCUUGAGAUUUUCGUCAACAUUUUCUGCAAUUGGAAUAUGGAUUCCAUUAACGCCUUGAAAGGAUAUGGCAAAGUAAGCCACCAAGAAAAUCAGGUAGCCGAUCAGAAACCUACCAGAAAGAGGCUACUCACCGUCAUCGCCAUCUCAGCAACUGUUCUCUUAAUCCUAAUAAUCUCUUUGAUAGUUGCAGCAGUUAUCCAUGAAUCCAAAAUCAAACAACCCGAGUCAUCAUCAUCAUCAUCAUCCAUCUCCUCCAGCGAGUCGAUGAGAGCAGUCUGCGGCGUGACUCCGUAUCCGGACUCCUGCUUCACCAGCAUAUCAUCCCUCAACACCUCAAUAAAGCCAGAUCCAGAAUUCGUAUUCAAUCUCUCUCUCAAAGUCUCCAUAGCCGAGCUAUCUAACCUCUCAUCUUCUAUCAAAACUCUCAACAAUCUUCACGGGGACGCUGCUUUGCGCGAUUGUGCGAGUCUGUUGGAGGACGCAGUGAGUGGACUCAGUGACUCGGUGUCGGCGAUGGAGGUGGGAGCGGAAGGGAAGGUGUUGACUGCGGAGAAGGUUAACGAUCUGCAGACGUGGAUCAGCGCUGCCAUGACUGAUCAGGAGACUUGCGCUGAUGGUUUGGAGGAGAUGGGGGAAACGGUUGUUGACGAGGUGAAGAGGAGGAUGCAAAAAUCGAAAGAGUUGAUGAGUAACAGCUUGGCUAUUCUUGCCAAGAUGGAGACGCUGUUGGAAAAGUUUCAUCUUAAGAUGCACUGAAGAUACCCUUCCAGCCAUCUCCAUCAACUGCCAGAUAAAUCAAAUAUAUGAACACCAUGAACAAUAGUAGUUGUCCUAAUGGGAGACUCGCUGUGAAUGUAUAAUGAGAAGCAUCAUAAUGAACAACUCUUAGCUUCAUCAUCUUUUCCCUCCAGUUGUUUCGUAGUAU